AUGUGCUGCAACUACUACGGGAACUCCUACGGGGGCUGUGGCUACGGCUGUGGCUCUGGCUAUGGCUGUGGAUACAGCUCUGGCUAUGGAUCCAGAUAUGGCUGUGGCUAUGGAUCUGGCUACGGCUGUGGAUAUGGAUCCAAAUAUGGCUGUGGCUACGGCUCUGGCUAUGGAUCCAGAUAUGGCUGUGGAUACGGAUCUGGCUACGGCUGUGGCUACGGCUCUGGCUACGGCAGUGGCUGUUGCACCUUCCGACCAUCCUGCUACCGACGAUGCUAUUCCUCUUGCUGCUAGAACGUCGCCUAGAACACCCUGUGCCUCCAACAUAAUAUUGAAAAUUAAUGCUUUUCCCUGAAUGAUGCCCCAUUCAUCAUCUCUACACUCCAGUGAGGAUUGGACACCUCCUGUUAUUACAUAAAAGUCUUGUUGUUAUUGAGGAAGUAUGAAUGCAUCCAUU